GCUUUCCGUUUUAAAUAGAUAGUACUUGAAAAUCAGUAUGGCGUGUAUGACAAAAGUUGAACUCUCAAUAUCAUGUCGGAAUUUACUGAAUCGGGAUCUGACGUCGAAAUCUGAUCCAAUAUGUCUUUUGGAGACAUUUGAUGAAUCUUCUCAUUCUUGGUAUGAGUACGCUCGCACUGAGCAGGUUGUGAAUAGUUUGGAUCCCGAUUUUAGCAAGAAAAUCUCAAUCGACUAUUAUUUUGAAAUUGUUCAAAAGUUGAGGUUCCGGAUGUUUGAUAUUGAUAAUGCAUCAACAACUCUGAGUGAUGAUGAUUUUCUUGGAGAAUUGGAAUGUACUCUUGCAAAUAUAGUCUCAAAGAAAACAUUGGAGCAAGCAUUGUUGGGAAAAAACAAAAAGCAUGCAGGUAAAGGAAGUAUUAAGAUCGUUGCUGAGGAAGUCACUGAUAAUCGAAUUUUAAUGCUUUCGGCCAAAGCUACCAAAUUGGAUAAUAAAGAUUUCAUGGGAAAAUCUGACCCCUAUCUUGAGUUCUGGAAGCAGAAUAGUGAUGGGACAUGGACCGUUGCUCACAGAACAGAAGUUGUAAAAAACAGUCUCAAUCCUGCAUGGAAACCUAUGCAGAUUUCACUUCACACUCUUUGUGGUGCUGAUGUUCAUAAAAAGAUAAAGGUUAUCUGCAAUGAUUGGGAUAGUGAUGGUAGUCAUGAUUUGAUAGGUGAAUUUUACACCACUGUUGAUGAAAUUGAGAAAGCUCAGAAGCCCAAAGAAUUUCCAUGCAUUAACCCUAAGAAACAGAAGAAGAAAUCAUAUAAAAAUUCUGGAGUAGUUUCAUUUCUGUCAUCAAGAAUUGAAAAGCAAUACAGUUUUGUUGAAUAUGUCAUGGGAGGUUUACAAAUUAAUUUCACUGUUGGAAUUGAUUUCACUGGAUCUAAUGGUGACCCAGCAUCUCCUGACUCUCUGCAUUUUAUAAACCCAAAUGUUCAGAACGAAUAUGUACAAGCUUUGAUAGCAGUUGGAAAUGUUGUUCAGGAUUAUGACUCAGAUAAGUUAUUUCCUGCAUUCGGAUUUGGUGCCAAACUUCCACCCUAUGCAACAGUAUCCCAUGAAUUUGCCCUUAAUUUCAAUGAUCAGAAUCCAUAUUGUGCUGGGGUAGAAGGUGUAUUACAAGCAUAUUAUCAUGCUGUCAACCAGGUAAAAUUAUGGGGGCCGACUAAUAUAUCCCCUAUUAUAAAUCAUGUUGCGAGUUUUGCAUACCAGGCACAAAGUACCCAAACUACUCCACAAAAUUAUUUCAUAUUGCUGCUUAUCACAGAUGGAGUGAUCACAGACAUGGAUGAAACUCGUACAGCAAUUGUAAACGCUUCUCAUCUGCCUAUGUCAAUUAUUAUUGUUGGUGUUGGUAAAGCAGACUUCUCUGCAAUGGAAAUGUUAGAUGGUGAUGAUGGAGUGUUGAAAUCACCAACUGGUCAACCAGUUGCACGUGACAUUGUUCAAUUUGUACCUUUUCAUAGUGUGAAAAAGUCAGGACCAGCUGGAUUAGCGAAAGCAGUUCUCGCUGAAGUUCCAACUCAAGUUACAGCAUAUUUUAAACAAAAGAAAAUGAACCCAGGACAAGGGUUGCAGCAGCAGGUUCAAGCUAAGAAGUGAUUUAAUUCAAAACCUGUAAUGAGACAAUCGCUUUCGUUCCAUUGUACUCAAUGCUUUUAAAAAUGGCUGGAAUAUUGCUUGCGAGGAUGCCUGACUUCCUAUUGGUUGCGUGCAAUAGCACAGUACAUGCACCAAGUAGUCAUCGACAGUUUUCAUUAAAUCAUCAUAUUUGUUUCUUUCUCAUUUUUGUAAACCUAUAUGCCCUCCCAAUCACUGCGUAUAUGUGGCAAAUACCUGUGCUUUCAUUUAAUUAUUGCAGUGUAGAUGCUUUUGGUUUGCAGAUGCUCAUUGCUAUAAAUAUUGAUGUGCUACAUAUUUCUGCAAUGAUCCGUACUAUUGUUUUCAUCUUGUACUCAUUAUACUGUUUCAAUUUUGACAAGUGUUAUACGUUAUAAGUGAAUUCAACAGAUAUAUAAAUCGUUUGAAGCAAAAGAUACAACAAGAAUUGUUCCAUGUAGGCUACAUGAAAAAUGCAGUCAAAAAUUUAAUCAUGUUCCAGAUGAAUCUCAUUUUUUAUAAAUACUGUAAAUAUAUUGCAGAAUAUGUUUUUUAUAUAGGCUAUACUAAGUUUCUUAUUUAUCUGUGUAAUUGUGAGGUUAAAUUCUUAAAUUUGAAUAUAGUUCGCAAAAUGUGUAUAAAAUAUAAAACUACAAUUUAGGCUCUCCACAUGCAUCUGAUUGAAACACUUAAAAAUCUGUAUAAUAAGAGUAUUCACUGUAAUAUUUCAUUAUGGUAUGUAAUAAUUUUCUCUACUCUGUAUCAGUUUAAUCAAAACAAAAGUUGUUUAUAUUCACGACAUAUCAUAUCUUUACCAUAUACAUUAGCGGUAUUUCCUGUUAAAAUUAUAGCUUCACCUCAGAGCCUCUGCAGUUAACUUACAAUUGACAUGGAUCUGGGCAAACUUGAUGAAAAAUGUUAUUGUCAGUUCGGUGAUGUAUUUUAUUUUUCCGCCCAUGAAUCAUUUAUGUUACCCUUCUAUACUGAGCUGUCUUUGAUUCAUUAAACAUAAUUUCAUGGGUGAAUGAUACCGUUUCUCAUUCUCUGCAUAUUUUUGAAGAUUAUAGUAAAAAAUCAAAUUUGGUAAUUGGAUUGUUUUGAUCGUGUGUGAAUGGUCAGUUUCAUUUUGAAUAGCUCUUGCUAAAACGGCCUAUUACUAUGUUGAACAAAUGCAGUUUUUAACAAAAAUUUCAAAUCAUCUUACUUCAUUGUAUCAGUAAAUUGAGCGAUCAAAAUUGCUCAUCUUCGAACUAAUUCACAUGUUGACUUUCUUAUCAUUUGUAAGGCUUAGUUGUAUGUAGAAGUUGCCAUUAUGAAGAUUAUUAUUGCAGUUUUUCAAUAGUUUUAUUUUAUGCUCACUGUCCGAUAAACUUUUACACUGGCUACUUGUUACUCUUGAGAUAGCUCGUAUUAUACAAUGUACUAUGACAUUUUAUUGCUUCAGGUGUGCUAUGUAAGAUGAAUUUGGUGUUACUCUAUUUUGAUACAUAAUAUAUUUCCAAUUUAGUUGGAUAUUUGUUUGUGUAGAUCUAUUACGUUUAUCUCAGCCAUGUCAUAUUUAGAUAAAAUUGCAUUUCAAAUUUAUGUAUAUUUAUUUUGUUACAGCUAGUACAGGCUAUCUUGUAAAAAUAUGAAUCAUUGCUGUGUGAUAUGUCAUUCUUUUCAUAGCUAAUAAGUAACUCUACCUGAGGAGUGUAAUAUUUGCAUCUUGUGAUAGGAUUGUUAGUUUCUAAAUUAGGUCGGAUUUACUUAGUUUUGUUACAAGAAUUCAAAGCACAUAUACCAAUGAUGAUUAUACACAAUUCAGUACCUUUCUCCUUUGUCUAAAUAUUUCUUUUUAGGUGUUUAUUUUGAUGUGCCAUAUACUGUGAUUCAGUUAAUUGUCUAUAACAUCAUUAUGACUUAUAUAUCAACAAUAGCAAUUGCCUGUUUAUACUCAUAAUUAAUUGGCCAUCAAAAUUUUCAUUCAAUACUUAAAGAGUUUCAAGGCAUAAAAAACUACAGUAGCUUGUUUGGUUGCGAGCUCUGAACAAUAUUGCUAGCUGUAAAUUAUGAUAAAAUAUUCAAAAUUUUGAAAUUGUUCGCGGACUGAGGAUCAGAGUUUCAAAAACAGUUUUAAGUGAUAAAAUUUGUUACUGCGUGUGAAAGAAUUCUUAAAUAUUAUUCGAUUGGGGUUCAAAUACCAAGUAAUAGGUUUAUUGAAAUUCAUUGAUCAAAAAAUUUGAUCUCUGGUUCUGGGCGGUUUCGAAGUGAAUGUGUACCCAUUUUCCUCAUACCUCAUUAUUUCGGACGUUGGUUCAUUGAAUAGGUCAUUUGUUUGUUUCAACUUAUUUACUUUCAGUUUGGAAAGAUAAUGUGAUGCAUUGUUUUUUUUUACUGGCCUAUAGUUUUAUUUGACUUACUAGCUUGGAUCAUCAUCUGGCUUUCUUACCUCAGUCUUAUCUGAUGAGUUCUUCCAUAGAUAUAUAUUUCGUUAAGCUGAAUCGUUUAUAAUUGGAUUCAAGAUAGACAAUAUUUUUUUCAUUUUAUACUUUCGUAUUUAGUGUCUUUUCGUAAUUGUUCCAGGGUAAAUAAAGUAGUAUACAGAAUGCCAUUUCCAAUAUUGUGUUGAUGAAAAGUCAAGGAGACAUACUAAUUGAUAUUUAUACUGAAAAUUUUAAUACUGAAUAUAGGGAUGUGAAAACAUGUAUUGUUAUGUCAAACUUUCUGAAGCAAUCAGCUGCCCUGUUAAUAUUGGAGUCAUUUAAAUUAUCAGUGCUUCUAUCACAGAAAUAUUGGUUAAAUAUAUUUUUAUAUUGAUGUUAUGCUUAAAGUAGGUAUUUUGGUAUCAAGUAUUCUCAAUAAAAGCAUAAUCUUGUAAAUUUCAUCUUCUGUUUUGAUGUUUCAUGCUCUUGUUUUACCAUAUGCACUAUGUUCUUGAAUGUGUCCAACUCGUUUGAUAGAAUGCUAUUUGUGCUUCGCUAUGUAAUCUACCUUGUACUACUAUUUUUAUUUAG